AUGGCCAACCAAAAUGGACAAUUAAUUUUACAAGCGUUGCAGAAUCUGGACGAGCCCGCAACAGUUAUGAAAAUCGUAACUCACAUCGCAGAUACGGCUGGUGUGCAUCCCAAUGAUGUGAAAGAAUCAGUGGAAGAGACAUUAAAUGGGGGCGUGCGCUAUGGCUAUAUACAACGCUCUAACCGAAAAUACUAUGCCGCACCUGUUGACUUGGACAUUAUGGACAGCGAACCUGAAGAUAAAAAUUACAAGGAUAAUGGCGAGUUGGAAGAUCGCGGUGGUAGGCGACGAAGUCGCAGCCGCAGACGACGCAACUCACGUCGUGGCUCCCGACGUCGUCGUCGCCGCUAAGCUAUACUAGGAAAUCGGUACGAUUUAUAAUGACUAAUUUGAAUUCGUAUAUUUUGAUGUAAGUAGCUUAAUAUGUAUGCUUCCUUUUAUAUACAUACAUAUUAACAUAUUUUGUGAAAAUUGUGUAAAUGUACAAAAAAAAUUAUAAUUUCGAUAAAAUUUGUAGAGACAUAAAA